GUUCACAAAGAAGUUCCAUUGAUCAGUGUGUUUUUUAAUUCUUCUGGGUCGUCAAAAUUGGUACCGAAUUGGAUCAGUUCUUAAAGAUCCAGAAUCAAUGCUUUCGUUAUCCUCUUCUUCCUCGCUACGUCCAAGCUUACACUUCCAUGCUUCUUCCCACCAAUCUGUCCUUACCGCAACAACAAGAAGAAGUAUUAGUUCGUUUCGUCGGAAAGUCGUUUGCUGUUCCACAGCCACUAAAUUCGAUAGUCUGUCAAAGUCAGGAGGAAGAGGAGGUUUGCUACGAGAGCCUGAGAAUGAUGAUUCGGAUGUUCUUAUAGAGUGUAGAGAUGUCUACAAAUCAUUUGGGGAUAAACAUAUCUUGAAAGGUGUUAGCUUUAAGAUUAGACAUGGGGAAGCUGUUGGGGUAAUUGGUCCUUCUGGGACUGGAAAAUCAACCAUUUUAAAAAUCAUGGCUGGUCUUCUUGCUCCUGACAAGGGAGAGGUUUAUAUAAGAGGUAAAAAACGAGCUGGUUUAAUAAGUGAUGAUGAGAUAUCAGGACUUCGUAUUGGCCUUGUUUUUCAGAGUGCAGCUCUCUUUGAUUCUCUUUCAGUUCGUGAAAAUGUUGGUUUUCUACUCUAUGAAAGUUCAAAAAUGUCCGAGAAUCAAAUAUCUGAGCUUGUGACACAGACAUUAGCAGCUGUUGGUUUGAAGGGUGUGGAGAAUAGACUACCUUCUGAGCUAUCUGGUGGGAUGAAGAAAAGGGUUGCUUUAGCUCGUUCCCUUAUUUUCGAUACAACAAAAAAAGUCAUAGAGCCAGAGGUGCUCUUGUACGAUGAGCCAACUGCUGGACUUGAUCCCAUUGCAUCUACUGUAGUUGAAGAUCUUAUAAGAUCUGUUCACAUGACGGGCGAUGAGGAUGCACUUGGGAAACCUGGAAAGAUCGCCUCUUAUUUGGUUGUUACCCAUCAACAUAGCACCAUUCAAAGAGCUGUAGACAGGUUAUUGUUUCUGUAUGAAGGAAAGAUCGUCUGGCAAGGAAUGACACAUGAAUUUACAACCUCAACAAAUCCAAUAGUUCAACAGUUUGCUACAGGCAGCCUCGACGGACCAAUUAGAUACUAAGGGACACACAAGAAGUGGUGAUACAUUGCCUAAACAAUGCCAAACUAUAUACUUUGAGUUGAGUUGUGUCAAACUCCUCUUGCUCCUGUUAAGAUUAUAUAGAAACUAGUCCAGAAGAUUCUUUAUUUCUUCCAAAACAAAGCUUAUGCAUGCUUGUAAACACUCUUUCUGUCUUAGUAGCUUAGCUCAGAAAAGCAUUGUAACUUGAGAUUUCUUGUUUGAAUGAGAAUAUGGUUUUUAAAGUGGCCAAGG